AGUAGAUGAGCUGGGAGAGCCGCCCCCUCGGGUCUCUGCUGAGCAGAGGCYACAGGGCCCUUCCCUCCUGGUGGCUGCCUGGCCACCCGCCCUGGGCUUCGUGUAGAGUCGGCCUUUCUCACUGAAACCGAAAUGCCGUUCUAACCCGAAGACUCCUUCCUUUCUUUAGAAGAUGGGGAACUCCUACGCCGGGCAGCUGAAGGCCACGCGGUUCGAGGAGGUGCUGCACAACUCCAUCGAGGCCUCCCUGCGCUCCAACAACCUGGUGCCCCGGCCYGUCUUCUCCCAGCUCUACCUGGAGGCCGAGCAGCAGCUCUCCUCCCUGGAAGGUGGCAGCCGAGUGGACAAUGAGGAAGAAGAGGAAGAGGGGGAAGGAGGACCAGACCCCAAUGGUCCCCCCAAUCCCUACCAGCUGCCYCCUGCACCCGAAGGCUGCUGCACCACGGAUGGGUUCUGCCAGGCCGGGAAGGACCUGCGCCUCGUCUCCAUGUCCAGCGAGCCCGUCGACGUCCCCGCAGGCUUCCUGCUGGUGGGGGCCAAGUCCCCCAGCCUGCCGGACCAUCUCCUGGUGUGUGCGGUUGACAAGCGGUUCUUGCCGGACGACAAUGGCCACAACGCUCUGCUGGGUUUCUCUGGGAACUGCGUGGGCUGUGGAAAGAAGGGCUUCUGCUACUUCACGGACUUCUCCAAUCACAUAAACCUGAAGCUGACCACCCAGCCCAAGAAGCAGAAGCACCUGAAGUACUACCUGGUCCGCAAUGCCCAGGGCACGCUGACCAAGGGACCUUUGAUCUGCUGGAAGGGCUCAGAGUUCAGAAGCCGGCAGAGCUCCGCUGGGACUUGCUCCAGCUCUCUCUUCCUGCCGCUGGACAGCUCGGGGCCUCUGGCUGCCUUCCCCAGYGAGUCCGUUCCUGGGACGAACCCCGGCGUCCUGAUGGGAGCCCAACAGGCAGGACCAGCCCCCGACCACCCCUCGCUGACCUCAGCCUCGGGCCCAGCUGUCUUCAACGGCAAAGAUUCCCCCAAGCACCAGCARCUGGCCAAGAGCAGCCUGUCAGCCCCGCCGCGGCCCUCGGCCCUAGGUAUCUUGCCAAACUCCGGGCCCCCCAAAAAACGCCACAAAGGGUGGUCUCCAGAAUCUCCAUCAGCUACAGAUGGCGGCUACUCUCAGAGUAGCGGGAACAGAGCUAAGUAUGAGGGUGCAGGUGUGUCCUGUGUGCCUCAGGCUGGCUUGGUGGGACCAGCCUCAGUCUCCUUUCCCGUUGUGGCCUCUGGAGAACCAGUGUCGGUCCCUGACAACUUGCUGAAGAUAUGCAAGGCCAAGCCGGUGAUAUUUAAAGGCCACGGGAACUUCCCUUACCUCUGCGGGAACCUGAGCGACGUGGUGGUCAGCCCCCUGUUGUACACCUGCUACCAGAAUUCCCAGUCCAUCUCCAGGGCGUACGAACAGUGCGGAGCCUCCAGCAUCCAGCCCAUCUCGGAGGAGAUGCAGCUUCUGCUCACCGUCUACUACCUCGUCCAGCUGGCGGCAGACCAGGUGCCUUUAAUGGAGGACUUGGAGCAGAUCUUCCUCCGCUCCUGGCGUGAGUCGCACCUGACUGAGAUCCGGCAGUACCAGCAGGUGCCGUCCCAGCCCUACCCACCUGCGCCAAGCACCACAACACCAGUGACCUCUGCGCAGCUGCCCUGGUUGGCUGGCCUGGCCGCCAGCUCCUGCAACGACAGCGUGCACGUCAUUGAGUGUGCCUACUCCCUGGCCGAGGGCCUCUCCGAGAUGUUCCGCCUGCUCAUUGAGGGCAAACUUGCCAAGACCAACUACGUGGUCAUCAUCUGUGCCUGCCGGAACGCGGCCAUUGACUCCUGUAUUGCUGUCACUGGAAAAUACCAAGCCCGGAUUCUUUCUGAGAGCCUCCUCAGCCCAGCGGAGUACCAGAGGGAAGUCCACUACGAGCUGGUGACGGGGAAGGUGGACUCCUUGGGGGCCUUUUUUAGCACCCUCUGCCCAGAGGGGGACAUGGACAUUCUACUGGACAAAUUCCAUCAGGAAAAUCAAGGCCAUGUUUCUUCCCCGCUCCCUGCCUCCUCUGUCACUCAAGCAGCAGCCCUGGACGUCAGUGGGACACCUGUGUGCACAAGUUGCCAUCUGGAGCCGCGUGGUGUCCGGCCCUUCCAGCUGGCAGUGGCCCAGAAGCUCCUCUCCCACGUGUGCUCGAUUGCGGACUCCAGCACCCAGAACCUGGACUUGGGCUCCUUCGAGAAGGUGGACUUUCUAAUUUGCAUUCCGCCCUCGGAAGUGACCUACCAGCAGACCCUGUUCCACGUCUGGCAUUCAGGUGUUUUACUGGAGCUUGGCCUGGAAAAGGAGCCCAUGACCAAGCAGCGGGUGGAGCAGUACGUUCUGAAGCUAGAUGCAGAGGCGCAGACGAGAUUUAAGGCCUUUCUGCAAAACUCCUUCCAGAACCCGCAUACGCUCUUUGUGCUAAUCCACGAUCACGCCCACUGGGAUCUUGUGAGUAGUGCUGUUCAUAACCUCUAUUCUCAAAGUGACCCGCCUGUGGGACUGGUGGACCGACUACUCAACUGCAGGGAGGUGAAGGAGGCCCCCAACAUCGUGACCCUUCAUGUGACCUCUUUCCCUUACGCGCUGCAGACACAACACACCCUCAUCAGCCCCUACAACGAGAUCCACUGGCCCGUCUCCUACAGUAACGGAGUGGACUUGUACCAUGAAAACAAGAAGUACUUCGGGCUGUCGGAGUUCAUUGAAUCCACCCUUUCGGGACACAGCCUUCCCUUGCUCAGAUAUGAUAGCUCCUUUGAGGCCAUGGUUACUGCUUUAGGAAAAAGGUUCCCCCGCCUGCACAGCGCGGUGAUCAGGACCUUUGUUCUCGUGCAGCACUACGCCGCCGCCAUGAUGGCGGUGAGCGGCCUCCCGCAGAUGAAGAACCACACGUCGGUGGAGACGCUGGAGAUCACGCAGAACCUCCUCAACGCCCCCAAGCAGUGCCCCUGCGGCCACGGGCUCAUGGUCCUGCUGCGGGUGCCCUGCUCGCCCCUGGCCGCCGUGGCCUACGAGCGGCUGGCCCACGUGCGGGCGCGGCUGGCCCUGGAGGAGCACUUCGAGAUCAUCCUGGGCAACCCCAGCUCGGGCAUCACCGUGGGGAAGCACUUCGUGAAGCAGCUCAAGAUGUGGCAGAAAAUCGAGGACGCAGAGUGGAGGCCUCAGACCUACUUGGAGUUGGAGGGCCUGCCGUGCAUCCUGAUCUUUAGCGGGAUGGACCCGCAUGGGGAGUCCUUGCCCAGGUCCCUGAGGUACUGUGACCUGCGUCUCAUAAACUCCUCCUGCUUGGUGAGAACAGCCUUGGAGCAGGAGCUGGGCCUGGCUGCCUAUUUUGUGAGCAAUGAGAUUCCCUUGGAAAAGGGAGCCAAGAACGAGGCCCUGGAGAGUGACGGGGAGAAGCUGAGCAGCACAGACAAUGAGGACGAGGAGCUGGGGACAGAAGUGUGUUUUGAAGCAGGCUCCGCCUYGGAGAAGAGGAGCCCUGUGAAGAGGGAGCGGUCCUCCUCUCAUGACUCGGCGUCCUCYUCCCUGUCCUCCAAAGCAUCCAGCUCAGCACUCUGCAGCGAGACCUCAGCUCAGGUCUCUGGGCCCCCGCAGGGAGAUCAGGCCAGAUCACCCCCGCCCUGUGGCCCUGCAGAAGAGGCCAGGGCCKCGGGGGAGAAGCCGUGGCUCCGAACAAGUCAGGGUCCACCGAUGGUCAUCAGCAGGCAUGGCCCCGGACACCCCCCGCCAGCAGACUGUGGCCUCAGGACCAGCCAGAGGGGCCUGCAGGUGUCGGUCACAGCUUCCUCCCAGCUGCCCUCCUUGGGCUCCACGGCACCGGCCACUGGCACGCUCGUCCUGCAGGCCUCACAGUGCUCCGUGACCAAGGCCUGUCGGCAGCCGCCCACCGUCUUCCUGCCCAAGCUGGUGUACGACGUGCUCGUGUCCACCGACAGCAGCGGGCUGCCCAAGGCCGCCUCCCUCCUGCCCGCCCCCUCAGUCAUGUGGACCAGCUCCUUCCGUCCCCUGCUCAGCAAGACCAUGACGUCCACAGAGCAGUCCCUCUACUAUCGACAGUGGACGGUCCCCCGGCCCAGCCACAUGGAUUAUGGCAACAGGGCCGAAGGCCGCGUGGACAGCUUCCACCCUCGCAGGCUGCUGCUCAGCGGACCCCCUCAGAUCGGGAAGACGGGCGCCUACCUGCAGUUUCUCAGCAUUUUGUCCAGGAUGCUCAUUCGGCUGACAGAAGUGGAUGUUUAUGAUGAAGAAGAGAUCAACACCAGCCUCCGAGAAGAAUCRGAUUGGCAUUACCUCCAGCUCAGUGACCCCUGGCCGGACCUGGAGCURUUCCAGAAGAUGCCAUUUGACUACAUCAUUCAUGAUCCCAAGUAUGAGGAUGCCAGUCUGAUCUGUGCCCACCAUCAGAGCAUCAAGAGUGAAGACAGGGGGAUCUCCCGGAAGCCCGAGGACCUUUAUGUGCGGCGUCAGACGGCGCGGAUGAGGCUGUCCAAGUACGCGGCCUACAACACGUACCACCACUGUGAGCAGUGCCACCAGUACAUGGGCUUCCACCCCCGCUACCAGCUCUAUGAGUCCACCCUGCACGCCUUUGCCUUCUCUUACUCCAUGCUAGGAGAGGAGAUCCAGCUCCACUUCAUCAUCCCCAAGUCCAAGGAGCACCACUUUGUCUUCAGCCAACCCGGAGGCCAGCUGGAGAGCAUGCGCCUUCCCCUCGUCACAGACAAGAGUCACGAAUAUAUAAAAAGCCCGACGUUCACUCCAACCACUGGCCGACAUGAACAYGGACUCUUUAAUCUCUACCACGCGAUGGAUGGCGCCAGCCACUUGCACGUGCUGGUGGUCAAGGAGUAUGAAAUGGCCAUCUAUAAGAAGUACUGGCCCAACCACAUCAUGCUUGUGCUCCCGAGCAUCUUCAACAGCGCUGGAGUGGGUGCUGCCCAUUUCCUAAUCAAGGAGCUGUCCUACCAUAACCUGGAGUUGGAGCGGAACCGGCAGGAGGAGCUUGGGAUCAAGCCGCAGGACAUCUGGCCUUUCAUCGUGAUCUCAGAUGACUCCUGCGUGAUGUGGAACGUGGUGGACGUGGACUGUGCGGGGGAGCGGAGCAGGGAGUUUUCCUGGUCAGAGAGGAACGUCUCCUUGAAGCACAUCAUGCAGCACAUCGAGGCCUCCCCCAACAUCACCCGCUACGCCCUGCUGGGCAUGCGCAAGUGGGCCAGCAAGACGAGGGGCGGCGAGGUGCGGGAGCCUUUCUCCCGCUGCCAUGUGCACGACUUCAUCAUCCUGAACGUGGACCUGACCCAGAACGUGCAGUACAACCAGAACCGGUUCACGUGUGACGAUGUGGACUUCAACCUGCGGGUGCACAGCGCCGGCCUCCUGCUCUGCAGGUUCAACCGCUUCAGCGUGAUGAAGAAGCAGAUCGCGGUGGGUGGACACAGGUCCUUCCACAUCACCUCCAAGGUGUCUGAUAGCUCCGCGGCGGUCGUGCCGGCCCAGUACAUCUGUGCCCCCGACAGCAAGCACACGUUCCUGGCGGCCCCGGCCCAGCUCCUACUGGAGAAGUUCCUSCAGCACCACAGCCAGCGCUUCUUCCCACUCUCCCUGAAGAACCACAGCCACCCCGUGCUGUCCGUGGACUGCUACCUUAACCUGGGGUCUCAGAUCUCUGUCUGCUACGUGAGCUCCAGGCCCCACUCUCUGAACAUCAGCUGCUCGGACCUCAUGUUCAGUGGGCUGCUGCUGUACCUCUGUGACUCCUUUGUGGCYGCUAGCUUUUUGAAAAAGUUUCAUUUUCUGAAAGGCGCCACGUUGUGCGUGAUCUGUCAGGACCGGAACUCGCUCCGCCAGACAGUUGUCCGCCUGGAGCUGGAAGACGAGUGGCAGUUCCGGCUGCGGGAUGAGUUCCAGACCGCCAAUGCGAAAGAAGACAGGCCGCUCUUUUUUCUGACUGGACGGCACAUCUGA